AUGAGCAAAUUGUCCUCUGCCUGUGGCCGCCUCCGUGGUAUCUUCAAAAGAUCUCCCUCCUUCAAACCGACCGCCAUCGCCACCACCAAAACCAAAACCGUCACCAACACCAAACCAACCAAAACCUCAAAUCCCACCAACAAAAAACCAGGCACACUCGAAAAAAUGGUAGGGAAGUUCAAGAAAUCAUCAGAGUUCAGCUCAUUCCGAUCCCGCUACGACAUAUAUGCAAACACCGUCAGUCGUUUAAUCAAAUACAAUAGACUCCCCAUGAUCCAUGAAAUCCUUGACCACCAAAAAAACUUCCCUGACAUAACAAACGAGAACUUCACGGCCCAUCUCAUUCGAUUAUAUGGCAAAGCCGGCAUGUAUGAUCACGCACGCAAACUGUUUGAUGAAAUGCCCGAGCUAAAUUGCCCUCGCACAGUUUACUCAUUUAAUGCCCUUUUAUCGGCCUGCAUUGACGCAGGCAGGUUUGAUGAGAUUAAUACGAUGCUUCAGGAUUUGAGGUUUGUGUUGGGAAUAACUUUUGACGCAGUUUCUUACAAUAUUGCUAUUAAGGGCUUCUGCAGGAUGGGUGAUUUGGAGUCUGCUGAAUUGAUGGUUGAUGAAAUGUUAAAGAGAGACGUAGAGCCGAAUUUGAUCACAUUUAAUACGCUCUUAAAUGGGUUUUAUUUGAAUGGCAAGUUUAUUGAUGGAGAGAGGAUUUGGAGUCGAAUGGGGGAGAUGAGUAUUGCGCCUGAUAUAAGGAGUUACAAUGCGAAGUUGCAUGGAUUGGCGUUGGAGAAGAGAAUGGAAGAAGCUAUUGAACUAGUUGAGGAAAUGAGAGGUAAGGAGUUGAAACUAGAUGUGUUUAGUUUUAAUGCUUUGAUUAGAGGAUUUAUUAAUGGUGAGGAUUUGGAGGAAGCUAAGCAGUGGUAUGGUGAGAUGAGGAGGCUUGGUUGCGCGCCGGAUAGAGUGACUUUUGAGCUUUUGAUUCCCUUUCUCUGUGAGAAGGGUGAUGUUGGUUUUGCUGUUGAGAUUUGUGAUGAAAUAUUUGAGAGGAAGUGGUAUGCGCCAACUGAAGUAUUGCAGCAUGUAGUGGAUAGAUUGGUUAUGGAGGAUAAGAUCCAAGAUGCAGAGAAGCUCGUCCAAGUUGGAAAGAAACGCAAACAUGAACUUAUCAUACUAUGA